AUGGCAACCUUUGAUCAUAACUGGCAGACGAAACGCCAAACUAUCAGCGAGAGAACCAAAUUUAUUUUUAAUAACGAAUUGUUAAGUGAUGUGAAGUUUGUAGUUCCUGCGUCGCUGAACGAAAGUGAAAGCCGGAUGAGUCAAAAGAGCAUUCCAGCCCACAAGUUUGUUCUUGCAAUCAGCAGUCCUGUGUUUUAUGCCAUGUUUUAUGGUGAAAUGGCGGAGUCUGCAGGCACUGUUCAACUGCCUGACUGUGAUUAUGAGAGUCUGUUGGAGUUGUUUCGAUACUUAUACAGCGAUGAUGUGAAGCUAAGCGAAAGUAAUGUGAUGCCGGUUAUAUAUUUGGCAAAGAAAUACAUGGUACCCUCACUGGCUGAUAAAUGCACUGAAUAUCUCCGGAAACAUUUAGGAGCGUCGAAUGUGUUCUCCAUUCUGCCGCAAGCUCAGAAAUUUGAGGAUAAAGAUUUAGAAAGUCGUUGCUGGGAAGUAAUUGAAUCGCACACUGAGCAAGCUCUAAUAUCUGAUGAAUUUCUCACGCUUGAGCGAUCAAUCGUCGAGUCUGUCGUGAAAAGGAAUGCAUUGGAAGUAAAAGAAGUGGAUUUGUUCAGAGCUGUGGAUCGCUGGGCCACUAAAGAACUAGAAAGGCAAGGGAAGACUCCUAGUAGGAAAAUCAAAAGAAGGAUUCUUGGAGAGGAGAUUGUAAAAGCAAUACGUUUUUCAUUGAUACCAGAGAAGGAGUUUGCUUCAGUUGUUUUGGAUUGUGGCAUCCUCACUAAAACAGAGAUUUGUGACAUGAUUAAGUACUACAAUGACGUCGACCUAAAAUCUCCUUUAGUAUUCAUGCGUUUCCCCAGAAGUUUGCGUCGAUGUUACAGAUUUGCACACAUAGAAAUCCCUCAAACUCCAAUGGGUCCCUGGAGCAACAUUGACACUCUCCCUAGUGCUCUUAAAUUAACUGUGAACAAACCUGUCAGGUUACAUGGAGUACAGCAUUUUGGCCGUGAGGGUGCCGAGUACACUGCUUCAUUACAAGUGAAAGAUGCAGAUACUGGCUUUUCUCUUGUACAACAACUAGGAUCCUACUUUUCAGAAAAAGAGGACACAUAUUCUUACAUGUAUUAUGGCUUUGAUGUUGAGUUCGAUAACCCAGUUUGCCUUGAGACAGACAGAACAUAUGAGAUUGUAUCUCGUGUAAAUGGUCCGAUAUCUUGCUUUGGAAAAUUAGGCCGAGACACUGUUCUGUCUCAAGAAAUCCUAUUUUCAUUUCGCAAUUCAGCGGCUUCCAGCGAUGGGACUGAUGUAUCUCAAGGCCAGUUUCCUGCCUUUCUUUUCAGUACAACGUAGUUUUAGUUCUUAAGAAACAUAAUUUGCUGAUCUCCUAGGAAGUCUCAAAAUAUGGUUAACCGUUAGCCGUGAAAGAACCAAACAUUUUACUCGUUAAACGCAAAGAGAGGACGUCUUGACCUUAAAUCUGUCGAGAAAUUAACCGCAAUUUUCUGUUUCACUCAGUGUCAACAGUCAAACAGAGAAUAUCAAUAUCGCUUGUAAGGAUUUCACGUGACUUGUCCCGUGGCUGAUGCAGCCUAUUUUAGGUUUUACCUCUAGUCAUCUUGGAAAGCUUUUGAAAAGGCCCCACCUUUUGAAAACUUUUUUUUUUUUCAUGUCAGGCGUGGACUCUAUACUUUAAAUAGUAUCAUUACGAUUUAGGCUAUUGCAUUGCAAUUGAAGUUAACUGACUGAGUACUCGCAAUCCUCGGUAGCAAGUUUUGCAAAAAAAGUGUAUUAAUAAAGCGGAACAGCUUAUAGAAAAGAAAAAAAUCCCAAAUGUAGCAAGAAUAACACAUCAACUAGAAUUGCAGGCUCCUUGCAUAAGUGUAUAACAAAAACUGCAAGUAUAGUAAAGAUAACAGACAAACGAAAAAAAAGAAAAAGAAAAAAAAAACUUUAAACUACUCUCCCUCCUAAGGAAAGAAUGUGUAAAUGUAUAUCGCUCACCGUCAAUCUUAAUAAUGCUCUCUUAAAAAGGUGAAUUUUGUGGCGGCAAUAAAAAGAUUUUCCGGUGAAUGGCGAUAUCAAUUUGUGCAUUCGUUAAAUCAGUAUACUUUAAGGUUUCUUCGUUUUGUCUUAAGCCAUUUUUUUUUUUUUUUUUUUUACAAUCCCAGACACAAUCAGAUGGGUAUUAGCGAAGUUCGAGCAACUUUUCUGUUCUGUACUGCCCGCCCGGGGUUUUAACUUCACGCAGUCUCAUGCUCCGAUCAGCAGACCGGCACUCAUGGGCGGCGUUCAGUUUCCUUCAGUCAUUCAGCCGUAGAAAAUACUAUUUAAAAUUGAAAUUUAUUAUAGAUUUUGAAGCCUCUAUUAGCAAAGGAAUAUGUUAAACAAAAUUUUGAAGGCUUGUCUACAUUUUCCUUUAAAUUAAAACCUCGAAACUAAAAAAGUGUGGGUACCCUGUGUUUCGUGCAAUCUCGCGCAGACUCAGAAGCAUUAUCAAAUUUGUUGCUUGAGAGGAAAGGAAGUUCGUGAGUUGUGUUGACGUUUAAACUUAAAGCUACUUGGUAAUCAGAAUGGCUACAUUUGAUGAUAACUGGCAGAACGCCCAACGAGAGAACCAAAUUUAUCCGGAAGAGUCAGAAGAACAUUUCACCCCACAAGGUUUUUCUUGCCAUCAGCACUCCUGUGUUUUGUGCAUUGUUCUGUGGUGA